AUGGACCUACCGAUCGUGCUUGUGAAAAACCUCCCUUACGAUGCCUCAUCGUCACUGCUUCUUGAACUUUUCAGCAAAUACGGUCCAGUCAACCAGCUACGAAUUUCUGACGGAUCUGCCCCAGCAGGUACAUGUUAUGUCGUGUACACGGAAAUGGAAGACGCUAAAAGAGCCGCCAGGGAGCUCAGUGGCAUAAAUUUCAUGAACAGGUACCUUGUACUGGGUCUCUUCAAGGCAGAUACGGAUAUUCUUCAAGAAGCGAUACUAGAGCAGCGUCGAGAGGCACUUGAGGCGCCAGAGGAGCAGGAUGGAGAUACGGUGAAUGAGGAGAAUGGUCAAGAGAAGUCUAGUGGGGAAAAUACGGAAGAAGAGACGAAUGGGAAGUAA